GGGGAAGCCAGUCGGGGAGGCUCAGGCUCACACGCACGCCGCCUCUGUUUGUACACAGUGCGCUCUGGCCACCGGCUGCCGGCUCCCCGCCCUCACGCUUCAUUGUUCUCCAAGUCAGCAGCCGGCAGCCCGCACGGAGAGCAGAGCAGCCCGGGGAGCAGCCCGGAGAGCAGCGCCGGAGCUGCCCGCGGAGCAGACACUCUGAUUGCCCCAGAGGGGGACCCGGAGCCCGGGCUCCCGCACCCCACCCCGGCGGGGUCCCACCCGCACGGAGGGGCCACUGAGACCGCAGCUCCCGAGCUCGCCCACCUCUGCGCCAGCGCGCAGGGAGCAGCGGAUCCCUCUCCCUGGCCACCCACUCCCUCUCGCCCUCUCCAAGAAUUUGUGGAAGGAAGCGCUGCAGGAAGAAGACAUCUUCCCGAAUUCCCUGCCAGGGGCGGGGUUGCUGCUGCCCUGCGGUGCCACCUCCUGGACCCGGAGACCGUGCCCUCCUGCCGCACCCCCUGCUGCACCCCCAGCCGCCUCUCCGGUCCAGCCGAGGUCAAGUCCCAAAGAAGCAGGGAUCAUGAAGCACUCCUCGGUGGCCGCCUGGCUCUUGGUCGGGCUCAGCUUCUGGGUCCCCCAGUUCUGCAAAGGUGAUAGUUGUGAUCCCAAUCCAUGUGAAAAUGGGGGCAUCUGCUUGUCGGGCUUGUCUGAAGAUUCCUUUACCUGUGAGUGUCCGGACGGCUUCACAGAUCCCAACUGUUCUAGUGUUGUGGAGGUUGUCUCAGAGGAGGAAGAGCCAACUUCAGCAGGCCCCUGCAUUCCUAACCCUUGCCAUAAUGGAGGAACUUGUGAAAUAAGUGAAGCGUAUCGCGGGGACACAUUCAUAGGCUAUGUUUGUAAAUGCCCCCGAGGAUUUAAUGGGAUUCACUGUCAGCACAAUAUAAAUGAAUGUGAAGCUGAGCCUUGCAAAAAUGGUGGAAUAUGUACAGACCUUGUUGCUAACUAUUCCUGUGAGUGCCCAGGUGAAUUCAUGGGAAGAAAUUGUCAAUACAAAUGCUCGGGCCCAUUGGGAAUUGAAGGUGGAAUCAUAUCAAAUCAGCAAAUCACAGCUUCAUCGACCCACCGAGCUCUUUUUGGACUCCAGAAGUGGUACCCCUACUAUGCUCGCCUUAAUAAGAAGGGGCUUAUAAAUGCCUGGACAGCAGCAGAAAAUGACAGAUGGUCAUGGAUUCAGAUAAAUUUACAAAGAAAAAUGAGAGUUACUGGUGUAAUUACCCAAGGAGCCAAGAGGAUUGGAAGCCCAGAAUAUAUAAAAUCCUACAAAAUUGCCUAUAGUAAUGAUGGAAAGACUUGGACAAUGUACAAAGUGAAAGGCACCAAUGAAGACAUGGUGUUUCAUGGAAAUGUUGAUAACAACACACCCUAUGCUAACUCUUUCACACCCCCCAUAAAAGCUCAGUAUGUAAGACUUUAUCCCCAAGUUUGUCGAAGACACUGUACUUUGAGAAUGGAACUUCUUGGAUGUGAACUAUCAGGCUGUUCUGAGCCUCUGGGGAUGAAAUCGGGGCAUAUACAGGACUUUCAGAUCACUGCCUCCAGCAUCUUCAGAACUCUCAAUAUGGACAUGUUCACCUGGGAGCCAAGGAAAGCUCGGCUGGACAAGCAGGGCAAAGUGAAUGCCUGGACCUCCGGCCACAACGACCAGUCACAGUGGUUACAGGUAGAUCUUCUUGUCCCUACCAAAGUGACUGGCAUCAUUACACAAGGAGCUAAAGAUUUUGGUCAUGUACAGUUCAUAGGCUCCUACAAACUAGCUUACAGCAAUGACGGAGAGCACUGGACUGUGUAUCAAGAUGAAAAACAAAGAAAAGAUAAGGUGUUCCAGGGAAAUUUUGACAAUGACACCCACAGAAAAAACGUCAUCGACCCUCCUAUCCACGCGCGGCACAUAAGGAUCCUUCCUUGGUCCUGGUAUGGGAGGAUCACGCUGCGGUCGGAGCUGCUGGGCUGCACAGAGCAGGAGUGAGGAGACCCGCACCCCACAACCAUCCUCUCUGUCCCCCUCCUCUCUAUCUCCAUGGAAUGAACUGUGCUAAAUCUGUAGGAAACUGAAUGGGGUUUUCCAUGAAAAAGUGCUCAAAUUACGGUAGGCCACAAACUGUCUUUUUAAGGAGGUCUAAGCCUGCCUUUUCAAAUGGCUUUUGAUUUUUAUUAUUUAAAUUUCUUAAGCAACAUCACAUUAACAGUGAAUUACUUUUUCUCUCAGUUUCCAGAAUUAUUCACAAUGGUUGAAAUAUAUUAGGGACAGAAAGUAGCAAGAUUAAAAAAUCUCAUAGUUAUCAAAUAAAAGCAAGAGUUGAUAAAGCUUUUAUAAUCAAUGCACAACCAGUUCUUAUCAAAGGAAUACUACAAUGUUAGCAAUAAGUUUUUUUUUCUUUCUGUAGUGACUCUACAUUAUUCUAAUUGUUUCCCUGUGCCUACCAAACACUCAGUGUUUAUAACAGAAUAUUGAAGAAUUUGUAACACGCAGUACUAAUCGAUAUUAUAAUUCUCAUUUUACUUUUUCUAAUUAGACAUCAUGCUAUCUUUCUUUGUUGUGUUUUAUAUUCUUUAUAUUGUAUAUUGCCUAAAUGAGUUCAUACUUUUCCAAUUGAGUUUUUUCCUAUUAUUUGCCUUGUUUAUAUAUGGAACACGAUUGAAAAUGGGUAGAUUGAUCGUAAUUAAUAUAAGUAGAUUGAAUAUGAAGUCUAUUUUUGAAGGAGGCUAUAUCUAUGUAAAUUCCAGAUACUUCAUUUAUAAAAAAAAAAAUAAUGUUACCAUUUUGGAAAAUAAACAAGAACAAAGUUGUAUUAUGUUCCUUUAAACCAUAAUUUUUAUCUUCACUUCCAUGGUAUUUAUAUAGCCUCAUCUUUACUUUAACAUAAUAAAAUACUGAAGCUUUUGUUUGUCUAUUUAAAAUGUUUUUAACAAGUGGAUGUUAACAUAGUGCUGCAUAGCUUGGCCAAGCAUACUCAUUAUUUCUUUGUUCAUCUCUGCACUUUCUAUGAAACCAGAAUUCUAUUAAGAUUUGAAACUGGUGGUGGUUUCCCAGGAAAGCACAUUGUGUAGUUAUUUGUGAGAAGAAAAGUACUUACUAAUGGCAAAGUAGUAAACCAUUUUCAAGAUGAAAAUUGAUUUCUAUUUAUUUUGCUUCAAAGGUCCUGAAAAAUAAGCAAUUAUCAUAACAAUUUGUUAUUGAUAAUGGAGGUUUCAUUGACACAUUCCUCAAAUUAAAGCUCACACUGCCUCCAUAAAAGUACUCAAUAUCUAAUUUAUAAGCUUGACAAUUAUUUCUUUUAUAAGGCUUAGACACAGAAUCAUUGGGGUUUUAAAUUAAGGGUCCUGGAAAAGAAAGUACAGUGUGUGUACGAAGUGUUGAGGUCCUGUGCAACAAUCCUAAGUUUUAUGUUUUCCUUUUAUAAUUUGUGCUGCAUAACAAAGCCACUAGAAUGUUACUGUCUUGUCUGUCCAUGUGUUAUUAGCAUUUCUUAAUGAUGUAUAUAUGGAGUGGUCUUAGAGUAAAGGAUUUAAAGAGAAAGUCAAUCAUAAUGGUAUUUU